AAUAAUGGUCAUCUCAUCGACCAAGACCGGAAGCACCACUGCAUCAAGCUCAUCGGCGCCAGCAAGCUCCUCCUCCGCCACUCCUGUCAAACAUGGCCACCGGCCGGAGCGGCGGCGGCGGCGCCGCGGGGAAGUGCUGCGGAGGCUUCUUCGGGUUACUCUUCACCGUCGGCUUCAUCGUGCUCAUCUACUGGGCCAUCUUCCAGCCCCACCACAUCCGCGCCGCCGUCGACUCCGCCACCCUCUCAAACCUCACCGUCUCCAGCAACGCCGCCUCCGCCGCUGGUGUCUCCUACCACCUCGUCGUAAAGCUCAGCCUCUACAACCCCAGCGUCCGCGUCAACAUCUACUAUGACGCCCUCGACGCCGAGCUCCGCUUCCGCGACGCCGCCGUCAUCGGCCCGGCCGCCAACGACACCUCCCCGUCCGAAUUCUACCAGCGCAGCAAGACGAACGAGGUGGUGACGGUGGAGUUCGACUACGGAAGGCCGGGCGCCAUCGCCGUCGCCGGCGACGCCGCCGGGGAUCUGGAGAAGGAGAUGAGGAGCGGCGGGCCGGUGAGCUUGGAGCUGCACGUGGGCGUGCAGGUGAGGUACGUGUUCAGGAUGUUCAAGCUGCGGCAGAAGCCGAGGAUAUCGUGCCCGCUGAGGAUUCCCGUGAGGAAGGAGACCCGGGGCCACGGCGUCGGUGGCCUUCUUGUCUCCGGCGAGCGGUGCAAGGUCAAGUACUGAUGAUGAAUGCUGGUUGUGGUUGGCAGUGGUCUAAACUGUAAAGCCACGUCAGGAGUACUUGGCCAAGUCGCGCGGCCAAACGUGGUUUCGGUUAAAAAAAAUGUGUUUCGGAGUUUGGUUAUUUAAGCCUUGUAAUCAGCAUGUACUCCUAUAUAUUAGAUGUGUAUGUAACGCUGUUGAAAUUAAUAAAACUUUCCAUUUCAG